UAUCAACUUAGUCUUCCUUCUUUGCCGUUCGUGCUGCAAGCAGACUGCACUGUAGUCGAUCUAAUUUGAUUGAAGGGUAACCUACAAAUUAUCACAAUGAUCAAUGUAAAGUGCUCUGAACUUCGUAAGAGAGACAAAACGGCUCUCUUAAAGCAACUUGAUGAACUCAAAACAGAGCUUACCACCUUACGAGUGGCAAAAGUGACAGGAGGAGCACAGAAUAAGCUUUCCAAAAUUCGCCUUGUCCGCAAAGCAAUUGCAAGGACAAUGAUUGUUAUGCAUCAGAAGCAGAAAGAGAAUUUGCGUCUUUUGUACAAAAACAAAAAGUAUAUUCCUCUGGAUUUGAGACCAAAGAAGACUCGUGCCAUACGCAAAAAGCUCACACCACAUCAAGCAAGUCAUAAGACUAUAAAAGAAGUAAGGAGAAGGUCUGCUUUUCCUCAAAGGAAAUAUGCUUUAAAAGUUUAACUUAGGUCUUUGAAUAUAAUUGUAAUUAUUAGUAUAAUAAAUAUCGCACAAAUUUAA